AUGGCCAAUUAUUAUCAAAUAACAGUUUAAGUUUCCAUGGUGUAACAGUUAUCAAAACUUAGAUUUCAUAUUUCUAUCUAACCUGAUCAGGACAUAUAGUCGCUAACAAAAAUGAUCGAGAAAAUUCGUCUGUCAAUCUAUGUCAUGGUGAUUAUCUUUUUCGUUGGACAUUCAUCCCAGAGAGUCAAAGCUGACUAUGCACCCGAGAAGAUGGAACUCGACGAUGAAGCACGACAAGAAAUGAGGUUAGAACCUCGUUCAUACAUUCCACAUCCACGACCAAACAGAGCAGACGUCUCCACUAAUUAUACAAAAGUAUUCACUCCUCAUAAAGACGAAGCAGAGGAAAAACACGAUGGAAGUGGUGGGCAUGAAGCUGAAGAAAAGGUUGUCGUGAAGGACAACGAAGGAAGCUCAGCUGGUAGUGGAGAAGAGAGCGUUUCACGCGAAGAGGCAAGUGCUCAGAAACAAGCAAACGUUCUCCAUUCGGGUUCUUUAGCUGAUGAGCAUUUAAGGAGCUUUUCUUCUCACGUGGUGGUUCAUUCUCCUGACAGCAGAGUAAUGUCGACUGCAAAGGAAAAUCAGUCGACACCAUUGGUCGGCACACCACACGCGAUUAACAUUUCUGGGAACCAUUCGUCGGCUCAAAUUAUAACUAGGGCCGAUGGCGAGGAGAAAACAUUAAGUGAAGAGAAUAAAAAAGCAGAAAGCAAAGGCGCUUUAGGUGAGGAUGGAGUAGAGGAUGAAAACGACGACAAAGAGAACAGUGGUAUUGCCCAAAAGGAAGGCUCUACUGUUGACUCACGGGAUGAAGAAUUAGAGAAGGAUGGUGGGUCGAAUAAGGAAGAUGUUGGAGAUGCUUUGAAACUUGGUCUAAAACCCGCUAAACCACAGACAAAAGAAGAGAGUGAUGCUGAGGAAGAUAGAGAUAAUGACGAUGGAAAUGAAAGCGGGAGUGGAAUUGACGAAGAAAAGAAAAAAAGCUCUAAACUUGAUGACGAAGUAAAGAAUAAAAAAACUGAGGACAAACAUGCGGAAACUGAACACAAAGAAAAGGUUGACCUUUCUGACGAAAAUGAUAAGAAAAUUAAGAAUGACCAAGUUGACAACGAUGACAAUGAUGAUGAUGACGAUAAUGUUGACAAAGAUGAGGAUGAUCAUUCCGGAUCUGGUGACCUUCCAACGAAGAAAAUGGAGAACACCUCGAAUGUAGGUUCGUCCACAACACCAACGAGUCAAGGCUCAUCGCACAAAGACACAAACAACAUUGACAAAACAAUAGCGAAGGAGGAGGGAGAGGACGUAGACAGUGAAAUAGAAGACAAUAUGGAAGACGCGAUAAAUAGAGAAAAUGCUGGUAAAGAUGAAGAUGAAGAUGAAGAUGAGGACGAAGAUGAAGAAAACAAAUCUCGAAUUAAAAUAAAAGAACAAAAAGAGCUUGAACCAGGAGCAGGAGUGAAUGCAGAAGUCGACCACCAAUCGUUUCAGCAAAGCACUGUUCAUAAAUCAUCAAACAAGAAUGCUAAUAACAUCCAAAACUCGUCGAAAGAAUCUCCACUACAAACACCACAACAGCAAAUACACCAAUUAAGUACUAUACAUAAAGUAAAACAUGUUCAAAAACUUGAAAAUGAAACACAGAAAACAAGGAAAAUUACCGUUAAACAUGCUCCACUGCACAGUGCCGUACACAUGGAGAAGAAUGAGAAGAAUGUGAAGAAUGUUCAUAAUAGUAAAGUUCUAAUUAAAAAAACAGCAAAAAAGCCAACUAAACAGCACAGGGUUGUCAAGGCAACGCAUCAUAAACAAGACGUUGAUCUCAAGCAUCAUGAAGCUAAACACGAUGAUAAAAAACACAAAAAGCCAAGAAAAAGUAAAACUUUGUUGAAGUACAUUCACCGGCCAAAUUUACACAAGAAGAGAACACAGGCAAAGCUCAACAAAAAAUCAUCAUCACACAGAUGCCAUAACCCAGACAACAUCAAAACGGGUUAUUCCUUAAAAGGAGGUACACGUGCUGGUCACGUGGAAGACUUAGGUGGGUCAGCAGGCAUGCAUGAGUGUAUCCAGCGGUGUUGCCACAAGAAAGUGUGUGACGUGGCAUUGAUGUUGGAUGGAAGGUGUUUUGGAGUAGCAUGUUACAGCAAGGAAUUGUGUCAGCCAGUCAUGGUACCUCAUCCACACUAUGUCAGCUCACAGAUAGCAUUUUUGGAUCGAGCUCAGAGACGAGAUGAAGUAGGGGCCACAAGACCCGAGUUUGACUGUAAAUAUGGCGAGUUAACGAUUCGCAAUAACCAUCGAUGGAGUGGCGAGCUGUGUGGUGGAGUAGUUACAUGUCGUAAUGGUGUUGUUACAGUAGAGAAAUGUCCUGGUGUACCGGCCAAACCAACAGACUGCGCCAACCCUAAACUGGAGGUCCAAAAGCGACCAGGCCAGUGCUGCAUCAAGAAGUGGAUAUGCAAAGACACAUCCUGUGAGUUUGGUGGGCGAAGAAUUCCUCAUGGUGUAAGCCUCAGUGAUCAACUGUGUACUGGUGUAGUCAAGUGCAUGAAUGGUCAUCUGCAGAUAAAAGAGUGUCCAAAACUCCCCGAAAAACCAACCAGCUGUGCUCAUCCUAAACUAAAGAUCACUACAAUACCAGGACAGUGCUGCAAGAAGCGAUGGUUGUGUCCAGAUAAAAGCUGUUCGUUUGGGGAAAUCAAAGUAGAUGACGGGGAACGCCUUACAGAUGCAUCAUGUGCUGUUGUCAUGGAAUGCAAAAAUGGUUUCCUAAACUUUAAGCAGUGUCCAGACCCCCCUCCUGUUCCAAGUGCUUGUCUCAAUCCCACGCUAAAGGUGAAAAGGAUUCUGGGAGAAUGUUGUCAUAGGAAGUGGGCAUGCGCACAAGAAACGAAGUAACAGUUUUAGUAACUAUAGUGACAGCAAUAGAUGAUACUAAUUCAUUUACCGCGACGUUCUUUAUCACCGAGUCGAUGGUAUAGACGGGAUAUUGGAUGACUGGGUGCUUAACAUUUAAACCAAUCCAUCCGGUUGGAAAUUCAGUCGCUAAUGGUAAGAAAAGAGCGGGAAACUUUGACUUCCGACAAAUGGUACACGCGUCUACCGAAAGAACCGAAAAGAGCGGGAAAAGUGGAUUACCUCAAUCGCAAGAGCGAGUUUUCCGGAACUUUCAGAUUACAAUGAUGCGUAUCAUUUCCAACCGGAAUUUCCAGUUUUUCCUGGUAAAUGGCAAGCACUCUUGGCUAAAUAUAUUUGUAGAAUUCUUAAAAACAAACUCGUGAAAAAUACAAUUCAAAAUUUCAAUCAAAACUCGCGAUCAUGGUCAUCAGAGGCACGUGGUGCUGUCGCACUGAAACAUUAAAAAAUCUGGUACAAGGCGCCGUCGCUUUCACGUUUGUAUGUUGUCGUUUUGUCAUGAAUUAAUUAUCGAUAUUGUUACACGGUUGACUAUUGUUGUCCGUAUGUUGUCAGACUGACCGAAGAACACUAAUAAGAAAUCGGCACCGUCUUUGUUCUCUUCUAAAAUGGGUAUAAAUGCCUGAUUUUCAUUAUUAAUAAUCUGAAUAACCUUGUA